CGGCGAGUUCUUCAGUUUUGUCUUCGGGAGUGAUAGUGCUGUUGAAUUUAAAGCUUUUAAAAAAUUUUCCACAAAUAACAGCUUCCCUGUGUUAAUUCUGGAACAAUGUGGACCUUGAUGCUGUGGGUGUUACUUUUACUCUGCAACUUCAGCCUGGCAGCUCCACCAGCCAAGCCUGAGAACAUUUCUUGCAUUUUAUACCAUAACAGAAAUUUGACUUGUACUUGGAGUCCAGAGAAGGAAAUCAGUGCUACCAAGUACAUUGUUACAAUGACUUACUCCUUCGGAAAACGUAGACGGAUUUGUAAUGCUACAAGUGCUUCGUGUUCUUUUUUCCCUCCAUACGUGUUACCCCCAGAUAUCUGCAGCAUUGAAGUGGAAGCUCAAAAUGAAGAUGGUAAAAAUAAAUCUGAUACCACAUAUUGGGACUUAUACAGCAUAAUGAAAACUGAACCACCUGAAAUUCUAAGUGUGAAACGAAUUUUGGGCAUGGCACAAAUGGUCCAAAUACGAUGGAGAACGCAUGAAGUGUUUGAUCCUAUUCCUUAUUUAAGAUACACGCUUCGGUUCAGGACAGUCAACAGUACCCACUGGAUGGAAGUCGGUUUCGGGAGUUAUGACCACAUCUACAACCUCACAGGGCUACAGGCUUUCAUGGAAUAUGCUGUAGUUUUACGAUAUAGGACCAACGAGUCAAGCAUUUGGAGCAAUUGGAGCAAAGAAAAAAUGGGAAUGACCGAGGAAGAAGCCCCAUAUGGCCUGGAGCUGUGGCGAGUCCUGAGACCGGCAGAUACAGAGGGAAAGAGGAAAGUGCUGUUGCUGUGGAAGAAAGCAAGAGGAGCCCCAAUCUUGGAGAAAACACUUGGCUACAACAUUAGUUACUUUCCAGAAAACAACACUAACCUCACAGAGGUCAUCAACAGCACUAACCAGCAUUGUGAACUGCUUCUAACAGGCGAGACACACUGGGUGUUUGUGACUUCUUACAAUUCUCUUGGGACCUCUCCAAAGGCCAUUCUGAGAAUCCCAGCUGUUCAGGAGAACACCUUCCGGUGCAUCGAGGGCAUGCAGGCCCGUCUUGCUGAGGACCUGCUGCUGGUGGAGUGGCAGAGCUCUGCUCCCAAGGUGAACACCUGGGUGGUCGAGUGGCUCCUGGAUUCCGAGUCAGAGUUCCCUUCCCUCUCCUGGGAACCCGUGUCUCAGGCCAUGAACUGGACCAUUAAGCAAGAUAAAUUAAAACCUUUCUCAUGCUAUAACAUAUCUGUGUAUCCAAUUUUGGGAGACCAAGUGGGAGAGCCAUAUUCCAUCCAAGCUUAUGCCAAAGAGAAAGCUCCAUCAGAAGGUCCCAAGGUGACCAAGGUGAAGAACAUUGGUGUGAAGACAGUCACGGUCACAUGGAAAGAGAUUCCCAAGAGUAGUAGAAAUGGCUUUAUCAACAACUACACCAUAUUUUACCAAGCUGAAGGAGGAAAGGAAUUCUCCAAGACAGUCAACUCUAGCAUCUUGCAGUGUGACUUGGAGUCUCUGACACGAAAGACCUCAUACACUGUUUGGGUCAUGGCCAGCACCAGAGCUGGGGGUUUCAAUGGGACCGUGAUAAACUUUAAGACAUUGUCGAUCAGUGUCGCUGAGAUCAUCUUCAUAACUUCUCUGGUUGGAGGAGGGCUUCUUCUGCUUAUCAUCUUUACAGUGACCUCUGCUCUCAAAAAACCAGACCGGUUGACUCACCUGUGUUGUCCUGAUGUUCCCAAUCCUGCUGAAAGUAGUUUAGCCACAUGGCGCGGAGAUGACAUCAAGGAUAAGUCAAAUAAGGAGGAAGUCGAUGACUCUGGCAACACAGACGACAGGAUCCUAAAAGUAUGUUCUGUCCCUGCUGACCUCAUUGACAAGUUAGUGGUGAACUUUGAGAAUUUUCUGGAAGUCAUUUCCACAGAGGAAGUUGCAAAAGGUCAGGAAAACAUUUUGGGAGGAGAAGCAAAUGAGUAUGUGACCUCCCCAUCUAGGCCUCCCUGUUCCCCAGGGAAAAGUUUGGAGGAGCCCCUGGUCAUCACUGAGAUUACUUCCAGAGAUUCCAAUAACCAAUGUCUGGAAAUGGUGGAAGAGAUAUACUCACAAGCCAAUGAGCAACUUCUUUCUUCUGGCCAAAGUUUAGGACUAGAUUAUCUCUCUGAAGGAGUUCCAAAUCCAUAUUUGAAAAAUUCAGUGACAACCAGAGAAUUUCUUGUGCAUGACAAUGCACACCAAGAGACAAAGCCAAGUGCCAUCAUGAUGUGAUACCCUUGCAGACUGAAUGAAUCCCUUGCCUAGGGAAGAUACCGGAGACUUCCAGAAGUGCUUCGUUGGCCCCUCCACACUCAUUCUGCCCUGAGCUGAGCUGCACUGGACUUGGUGACACAGAUGUGGGCUUGUGCUAGGAAGAAGGAGUAGUGGUAAGCCUGAGUGCUUUAUAGGGAAAAAGUAAUUUAUUUUCUUUUGAUUGGGUAACAAGCUCUCACUGAGGCUCUUUGAAAUGAUGAUGAAAGGAAGGACCCAUGUUCUGAGCCUCAAGGACUCCUGAGGUGGACACAUCUGAUCUUCCCCUGGAAUUGGAUCUUGGUCUCUACUCUCAGAGUUCCAGGAGGACAGUUGUUUGGUUGGUCCUUGGCUCUCUGAUGGGGACUAGGACUCAACCACUCCCCCCUUUUUCCCUGAACCCUUAUUCUCCUUCACACAGGGGCUGGGAAGUAGAGUGGAAUUCCUAAUGGUGUGCUGAGGCUUCUCAUAGCCCUUGCUCAUCUCAAGGGUCUACAGCACUGCCCCUCUGGGGACUCUUCAACCCCAACUCAUUUUCUUUCUUUUUCUUUUGUGGUACUGAGGAUUGAACCCAGGGUCUUAUUCAUGCUAGGUAAGCACUCUACCUACUUCUUCACCCCCAGUUUAUUGUAUAUUGACGGCUAGUAAAGUAAAAAAUGAGAGCGGGCUUCAGUAGGACACUGGGAAUGGACCCUGGGCUAGAAAGCCGGUCUGUCCCAGUCUGUAGGCAUUUCCCAGCUCUCCUGCCCUUCUGUCUUAUACCCAUACCUGAAAGCAGAAGACACCAAACAUUAUGGUGGCUUUUGUGUAGGGACACUGACCCUCAACAAUGGUGUGGAACCCAGGAAUUCUUACUGAGCAGACUGUUAAAAGGCCUGUUCUCAGCCACACUGAGCAUGUAGAACUUAGCAAGUUCACUGCUGCCUCAUAAGGACCUCUGUUCCCUUGCUAGACACAGAGCUUGUGACAAUUUAGUUGAGCCUUUGGCAAAAAUGAUGGCCACAGGAUUUGUUUGCCCAGGCCUGGGGAACUGUGGCUGGGAGCAGCAGGGGAGGUUACUGGGAACCUGGUGAGAUCAGGGUAGGCAAGGCAAAGAGUGAGUGGCCAGAGGUGCCAUGAAUCUAGCAUUUAUAGCGAGGAAGCCUGGUGGUAUUUUUUUCUAGGAGUUUGAGUAGACAAUGUUGGACUUCAGACAUACAUUUCAUAAACCACCAGUUCAGGUGUGUAGGAACAUCAUUUAAACUUUCAUAUGAGUAACAUUAAUUGCUAGCCCAAGACCUUGAUAUUCUGAUAUAAUGGCAGCCCAAUUUUGUGGUUUCUGAGUCCCUGCUGGUUUGGAACUCGGUCAUUGUCAGGACUUGACCUUCUCAGUCCUCCCUGGGACUGAUUAAGGAUAUUCAGCAUCUUUAAGGCUGGGCUGGUGAGUGGAGUCCUCUGAGGUCACUUAUUUGUCCAGAAAGGAUUUUGCCAACUGGUCUCAUGCAUGUGCCUGUAGCUCCACUCGCCCUGUUGGCUCACCUGCCACUUUUCUUGGUUGCAUCCUACUGUGGGUCCAGGAAGACUUGGCUACUCCCCAGUGCCCCUCUCCCUCCUCAUUCCAUCUAAAUGCAAGUCUUCAUUAUGUUUCAAGUGGCUUUAGCCUCCUCCAUACCCUGUUCUUUCUCCCUUGUUUACACACAAUGACUGCUGAUAAAUCAGGGAACCAGGAAGGCCAAGGUGAGGCUAGGCAUUAGGGACAUGGACUCUUGGAACAAGAUGUCACUCUCAUAACCUUUUUUCUUGCUCCUUGGAGGAGGCUUUGGAACCUAGAAUCCAAGAACUUGGUGGCCAGGGUGGGAGGGGGACAGAUGGCUCCCCAGAGCGGGCACUGGAGCUGAAGAUGCUGCCCUCUACCAGCCCCGCUUAGUCAUUGAUGCUGGCAGCAUCUUAGGUUGCCGUUUGCUGCUCCUUUCCUGCCCGUCCUCAGUUUCACUUCCUCUUCCCCUUUCUGGCUUUCCAUCCUGCCUCCUGUCUUCCCUUUUACAAGCUCCCUGAAUGGCUCAUCCUUCCAACUCUUGUUUCUUUUUACCUCUCCUCUUCUCGUAGCUUCCUUGUGCUAUUUUCUCUAUUGCCUUUGUUGGGAAGGGACAUUGCAGGGCCUGUGUUGUCUGAGGUGGUCUCAGAGGAGCCAGCUCCAGGGACAGUUGGUUUUUCCUUUCAUGCUGAGCUCUGCAGCGUGACUCACAGGACACAGGCUUAGGGGCCAUGAAGACUUCCUUGCCUGGAUCAAGUCACCAAAUGUCCCCAUUCCCAGUUCCCUGGCCUGCUUCUGCUGGUGGAGAAGGCUAUCCAUGUGUUUUGUUUGCUGUCAAAGAAAAGAGGUGUUGGGAGGACUCACAGGAGAGUCAUUAAGUCAGCAGUCAUUGAGAACUGAUGAAAUUCCAUUCAAAGAGCUUUCCAGGGGCCCUGGGAACCAUGCCAAGGCUAGAUUAGUGCCAUUAAUGGCCUUUCAUUUACAAUGAAAGAAAAAUUUAAAAGAAUGGAGAAACCAAUUUGUUGUUAAAUAACAACAAAAACAAGAGCAAUGCUUUCCUUCUGUCCCAGGAGAGGCACAUUGUGAUAAGGAACCCUGCAGGGGUCUGCAGGAAGCAGGCAAAAGGAGAGAAGGGAAAGGAAUCCCAGUGUGGAUCCCUCUGCUCCCUCUGCAGCUCCUCCUCCUAAGCUUGCAGCCUGUGCCCAGGCACUGGCUCUAUGCCAUCGGCUUUCCAUCAAGCUCUUAGUAUGGUUAAUGGCUGCAGAGUAGGGGUCUCAGACUGCCUCUCUCAAUCCAAUCGUGGUGUGGUUUGUGCAGGGCUAUGAGCUAAUAAUCAUACUGGCAUUUUUAAAUGGCUGAACAUAAAAAUCAAUGAAGGAAUACUAUUUCGUAAUGUGGAAGGUAUAUGAAAUUCAAACUUCAGGGCCCAUAAAUGAAACUUAAUGAGGAGCUGAGUCACACCUAUCAUUUACAUACCAUCUGUGGUUGCUCCUCCCACAAAACACAUUGAGUAACUGUGACAGACUUACUCCUGCAAAGCCUUCAGUAUUUCCCACCUGGUCCUUUGCAGAAGGUUUGUGGACAUUUGCUCAUUGGACAGCAUUGUUUUAACUUUGAAUUGGCUGCUAAAUUAGAAAAACAUUUUUAAAAAGUUAAGGGGCUGGGAGAUGUCAGUGGGUAAGAGUGAUUGCUGAGCCAGCAUGAGCACGUUAGUUCAAAUCGGUACUUAAAAAGCUGGGUGUAGCCAUGCGCCUUGUAGCCCCAGGGCUGUGGGGGCUGGGGACAGGAGGAUUGCUGGGGCUUGCUAGCCUCCAGUCUACUCCAGGUUCAGUGAGAAACCCUGUCUCAAGGCAGUAAGGCAGAAUGACAGAGGAGGAUGUUGGCGUCCUCCUGUGGGCUCCAGGCACAUGCAUGAGCACACACACACACACACACACACACACACACACACACACACACACACACGUGCAUACUCCCCCCGCCCCAACACCAAAACAAAAUCAGGAUACCAUUCUGGAUUUCUAGCUGAACAUCUGCGUCCUUUAGAAGAGCACAGAUGCAGGCUCCCUCAGCCCUUAUCUCUUCCUGGCUCCUGACAAUACCUGCGGUGGAGAGUUGGUGGCUCUCUAUCACUUGGACUGGCGGUUCUCAACCAGGGUGAUUUAGCUCCACCUCCAGCGUCACACGUGACAUUAGCAAUGCCUGGGGAGGCUUUGGCUAUCACGGCUGGGAGAGUGCUGCUGGCAUCUAGUGGACAGUGGCCCGCAUUGCUGCGCUCAUCCUACAAUGCACAGACAGACUCACAGCGGAGGAGUACAGGUCCCCAGACAAGUGCUGAGGUUGAAAAACCCAGCCUGACUCCUGACUCCUUCUGCUUUUCAGGCCCAUAGCAUUUACCUGAGUGUGGCUUGGAUCAGUAAGUAGCUCUAGCAUGUGCUCCCCCCGCCUCAUGUUUUUAUCUAUUUACAAGUUAUACAUUCAAUCUAUUGCCUUCUCCCCUUACUUUCAUUCCGUACAUAAAACUCAGCAAGAAUGUCAUUCAUGGUGAUAUUAUACCAUUUUUAACAGUCAUUCUGAACUGCCACACGCCUGCCUGUUGUGGUCUGCCAAGCCCUAGUCAAUAGGCUUGUUUGGAAUAUCUUCCUAGUAUAGAGAGUUACUUCAAUAAACAUCUUUGUACCAAAUUUUCUUUUCUCACCUUCAUCCUGUCUACUUGGGAUUAUUUCCAAAACUGAAUUGCUGGGUAUAAGUUUUAUGGUUAUUGUCACAUCUUGCUUGAUGUACUCCAGAAGGCACCCCCAAAAGGCUGCACUGAUUUACAUGUCACCUGAGACAUCUGAGGGAUAGCUUGUCCCUUUCCUCUGAUAAUCAGCUGUUUACUGCUGUGUGCUUGAUUUUGUUUUUGAUAAUUAUCAUGUAAAUGUUAAUUAUCAAUAAUGCCUAUCCAUAACCAAAUAUGUGGAGGUGUUGGUGUCUUGCACUCUUACUGUAGGGGUCUGGAAGAAUGGAGUCUAGCAAAGGAUAUUGGACACUGGGGUCAGUAGGUAGAGAAUUUGUCCAGGAGCACAAACAGCCCUAGUACAUGUUGGAAGAGCCCAGAGGCCAAAUCUUUUCCUCUGUAUGGAACUCUGUGUAGGCAGUCCUGGGUAAGGCACCUUCCACACACUGUAGAGAAUGAUGCAGAGGCAAAGAAGGGAACUCAGGAGAGGGCAAAAGCUGAAUCAACAGAGGCCCCCAGCUCACUCAGGGGAAGCUGGAUACUUAAAUACUACCAAUUUCAUUUUUAGGCAAGGGAUCUUGUCCUGCCCAAUUUCAAUAUAUGUGUGAGCUGUUCUGAGGCCUAGACUUUGAAAUGGAAAUCAAAAUAUGCGAACCAGAGAGUUCUGUGCCAUUGCAGCAACAGGAAAUGUUCUGUGUCCCUCAAGGCUGGGCAUGCUUGCUUCGCCACAGAUUGAUCAUGUGUGAACAGGAGCUGUGUGGCUUCAAGUGAGGCUGAAAACAUAACUCUUGCAUUGGGAAGAGCUUUCAGGAAACAGAUGCAGAUGAGUAUCAAUGCAUCUGCACUUUGGCCAUUCAGAUAAUAAAGCCAUGGUAGCAUUUUACUGUGAUUCUGUACUUCUCUUUUAAGAUUUGACCUACUUCCUGGGGAUGGAGAGAUGG